AGGGUUUGUUGGGGUUUUGUUAGGGGUGUGGUUGCUGUUUAAUUCGCGCGGGUACUUGUGUUUCGUACUACAAUGUCGUACUAAACACAAGUACCCACAUGGAUGCUAAAUUAUCCCCUAAUCCCUGACUGAGGGGCGAUUCAGACGGUUGUGAGACGCCGAAACUGAUUGGGUGACAGGCCUUGGUCUGGGCUUGAUUGACGACCAUCCCCUUGGCGGCACGGCGGGGUGUGGGGUUGUUGCGACCGCCGCCGUCCCCAUCAUGGCGGCUGGACAUUAAGGGUCGGCCAAAAAUGAUCUUCUAUUCUCCAUUUCCCUAUUCCCACUUCUAUUUCCUUGCUUAUUCUCCUAUUAUGGGGACAAAUCUCCAUAAUUACGUGUUUCGCCUCUCUGAUGAGUAACAAACAAACGCCCUUCUCAUUGUCACACCUACACGCGCGCGCGCUUGGUCACGCGCCAACCCACCCAUCGUCGUCCUUUGUCGCUACUCAUAAAGACGCUCUGCCCCAGGCAUACCCGCCUAUUCACUCUUAUUGUCUAUCAUUGUCGUCCCAUUGUGCUUUCUGUUGUUCCCUUUGUCUGGAACACCAAUGCCAUCUGUACCAUCAAUUCAAUAUCAUCGACAAUAAGAAAGAAAAACCAUCAAUCACCCUCAAACAAGCAAUAUUCAUAUUGAUCAUUCAGGACAUCAACCAACCAUCUUAUUUGCGCCACCGGCGACAAUGCCAAGAUGAAAGCUUUAGUCCCGAACAACUCCCAUUCAGACCUCUUCUUCUCUGACUCCUCUUCUUUAUCACCUGCUGGACAGUAGCAGCUGGACUGCCCGCGCUGUUCAUUCACACAUCGAAAGCGCUAUUCAUUUCUUCGCUAUAUAUCGCUCGCCCUUUCAAUCUUCGGCAACUUCUUCGAAAAUCUUAUAAUCGCAGAAUACUCAAAGCACAUUCUAGUUACGCAAACAAAAUACUACAACUAAAAAUAGAGAGCCAUCUCUCCCGCAAACACACACACACACCAAAAAGUCGCAGGACGACACUCUUACUACCUAGCCAUGCAUCCUACCGCCCUUCUCGCGCUCCUCUCUCUCCUCCUCCCGGGCACAUCAGCACAUACUUGGAUCGAGCAACUCCGCCUCAUCAACCCCAACGGCACAUUCACCCCCACCCCCGGCUACCCGCGCGGCAUGGUGGCCCGCUCCUCCCCCCUAUUCUCCGACACAGCACUCACACACCUUCUUCCCCCCAACGGGCGUUCCCCUCAUAAACUCCUCGCUACCGACCCUAUGUGCAUGCUCUCGCAAUCUGUUCCCGGCCUCAAUACACCCGGCUUGCCGCGUCUGACAGCAGGGGCGGGGGAUCAUGUCGCGCUGAGGUACCAGGAAAAUGGACAUGUGACUAUUCCCGAGACGAACCCGGGGAAGCCGAAGAAUCGCGGGACGGUGUACAUUUACGGCACUGAGAAGCCGCUCGUGACUGACAAAUUCAUGGAUAUCCAUAAAGUCUGGACCGCGGAUGGUAAAGGGGGUGAUGGCCGCGGUGUACUUUUGGCGACGAGGAAUUAUGAUGACGGGCAGUGUUACCAGGUUAACAGCCACCCGAUCUCGUUGGAGCGACAGAAGGAGUUCCCCAAGGAAGCGGAUGCGGAGAUGGGAGUGAAUCUGUGGUGUCAGAGCGAUGUCAAGCUCCCGGCUAGUAUCGAUAGUGAGAGGUACACGUUGUACUGGGUGUGGGAUUGGCCGACGGCGGCGAUCAAUGGGGCUGCGGCGAUGCCGGAGAUUUAUACGAGUUGUAUGGAUGUUGAUAUCGAUUCUUCUGCCUCCACCGGGGCGUCGGCGAAAUUGACAUCGUCGAAGGGGAGUGUGGAGUAUAUCAAGGGGCAGGAUAUCAAUAAUGCCGCGAUUGAGGGGGAGAUGGAUGUGCAGUUUAUGGUUCCUGUCGAUGGCAGCACGGGGGGUUCGAGCAGUGGAGAGUCGGAUUCCAAAUCAGUUGCCGCUACACCAAGCAAUCCAAGCGCCACUGCACCCGUGGGCGGCGUGACAGUCACAGUCACAGCGCCAGGAACUAUGAUAACCGUCACCGUCACCGCCAACGCCCCGGAAAACACGCAGACUCGCGCAUCAUCGGCACAACAGCAACAAUCCAGCAUCUCCCAAUCGCGACCAGUCGUCACGCCAUUCUUGAGUGCCACCACACCUACACCCACUUCAGCCUCAGGACAGAGAAUGGGCACAGUGACGGAGAUAGUCGAGGAGACAGUCACAGAGACGCGAACGAUGGUUAUGCAGAUGGGUAGUAUUUAUACAGCGAAGCCUGAGUCUGAGACUGCGUCUGCGGUGCCGAGGAUUAGGGGUAGGGCGCCGAGGGGGUUUUGAGUUGUAUCUAAGAGGGAUGGGGAGAUUUGUGAGAUGAGUGGUGGGAAUUGGGAGGCGGUUUUGACUUUUUUAUAAGGGGCGUCUGGAUUGGUUGGGGGGGAAGGUGCAUGGAUAUUGAUGGGUUCACGGAUGGAUUGGGGGAUAGGGGAGUUUGGGUGGGACAUGCUGGGACAUGCUCGGAUAUGGUGGGAUGGGAGGAUAUACUAGGGAUGUAGGGUAAUAGUUUGAGAACUUGAGAACUUGAAUUGAUUGAGA